AGCGUUUCUGCUGUCGAACAGAAACUCCCUAAAGCCGUUAGAGGUGCUCCCAGAGGUGACAGCUGAGCGGACCACCUCAGCCAGCCUCCUCGCUCCCUACCGGCCGGAGCACCCCACCUGACCGCCUGGCCCGUUAGCCGUUGGCGGCCGUUAGCCGCGGCGGGCGGGGCAGGCGUAGCCCCGAGCAGGGAUCGCUGGGGAGAAACGAAAGCGAAGGGAACGCUGUGGGCGGUGGGAGAUUCUCGGGGCCGGUGGAAGUGGCGGAGCCCCUGCCCGGCGGGGGAAGCCGCGUGUGAGAGGGGCGGAAAUCAGCCGUCUAGGGUGUCGUGGAAGCGGAGUGUGAAAGUCCCGCAAGUCCUCGGGCACGACCCGUGACUUCAGAGCACCGUCAGCAGAGCCUGGCUGGGCGUUCCUGUCCCAGCCGCUGAUGCUCCGAGUAGAGCAGUCGCCGGCAAUGCUGUGCUGCCUGCCUGGCGUGGCUUUCAUCCCUGCUUUGCUCGUCAGCUGGUCAUCGGCCGCCUUCAUCAUCUCCUAUGUGAUCGCCGUGCUGGCGGGGCACGUGGAGCCCCUGGUCCCCUACAUCAGUGACACUGGAACUAAACCUCCAGAGAGUGGCGUCUUUGGUUUUAUGAUUAAUAUUUCAGCACUUUUAGCUGUAAUUACAAUGUGCAUCAGAUAUUUAUUAAUAGAGAAGCAAAAUGAGUCGUCACAUUUUAUUAGGUCGUCGUGCAACAUACUUUCGUUAUGCAUUGGAUUGGUGGGCUGUGUUGGAAUGGGCAUAGUUGCAACUUUUCAGGAGCUGUCUGUUCCCAGUGUCCAUGACAUAGGAGCUUUGGUGGCAUUCGGCUCGGGUGUUGUAUACAUUACACUUCAGUCUAUGAUCUCUUACAAGUCCUGUCCAAAAUGGAACACCUACUUCAUGUGUCACAUAAGGAUGGCCAUCUCGGUAAUAUCAUGCAUUGCUUUCAUUCCCAUGAUUGUUUUUGCAUCAGAAGUUUCCAUGACAAAAAUCGAUUGGACUCCAGGAGAAAAGGAUUACACUUACCAUUUAAUGAGUGCAAUCUGUGAAUGGACAGUAGCCUUUGGUUUUAUCUUCUUCUUUCUAACCUUCAUCAGAGAUUUUAAGAGACUUUCUUUAAGGAUAUCAACAGAGAUACAUGAAGACUCCUGGUAGUGGAGUAGACUGAAUUUUAUAUAUAUGAAUAUCCUAGGUUUUUACUUACCCAAAAUGUUGCAGAAGAACAGGGAUUUGUAAGGUUCUAUAAAGAGCCCAUGCCAUUAGCUCUGCAACAUCUAUAACAGCAUACAUUAAAAAAAAAUUAAAACUUUCAGAAAUGUUCCUGCUACCUUUUGGGCAUAUUUUGUAAUUUUUGUACUGUUUGAUAUAUUAAAACUAAUACUGUAAGAGAAGCAGCCUGUAAAAGCACUUAAACGUUAUUCAAAGACUUUUGAUCUCCUCAGCUCCUCCCUUUUAGAUGCGUCUGUACUUCUUCAUUUGUUAUAGUCUGACUAGUGACAUUAAUUUAAAACUUGAGAAAGUACAUUUUAGAAGUAGUUGGGAAAGGCAAUGGAAAUCACUAAGAGUGAAUUUCUGCUCUGUUAAGUUGCAAGAAUUGUGGCAGAGGAUGAGAGCAGAGGCACGCAUCUGUAUUUCAGGACUAGAAAUUUGCCGUUGGUAGAUGGCCACGCUUAUGUUCCAUGUUUCUGAUGGGAUUUGCUGCAUACAAAACCAAGAAGCUUAAACUAUAUUGCUUGAAAAGUGUUUUCUAAUAAUCUCUGCAAUGUAUGUUGUAAAUGUCUAUGGUUUUUUUUUUCCUUUUAUGCACUGCUGCUCAUAGGAAGCUUGAAAUCAAAGUGUGAAUAGAAAGUAAAUUUACAUUUUUGCACCACCUACUGAAGAGAAAUCUUACUGCUAUUUGGUUACACAAAGGUUUUCAGCCUGCACUGGAAGUGAAUGGAAAAGAAGAGGCAUUGGUGUUUCUCAGUUGUUUUAUUAUGUAUGUGUGAACAUUAUAUAUUUGUAAAACUGAAGGGAAAAAAAGAUCCUGGAGAGCUUCUUUAGUGAAGAUCAUAUUUGCUGCUACAAGCUUACUUCUAUAAUGAAAGGCCUGGAACAGAGCUAACUGAAAAGUGAGAUGUUACAAGUAUAUGGAGGGAAAUGGGUCUUCCAUGGAUUAAUUCACUACCUCCAUGUUGUGUAUUAACCACAAAUCAAGUUGACUAAAAAUUACAUUUGCCAUGGUCUAUGACAGUUUAUGCUGAGCUAUCGGUGAUUUUCAGUUGCUGAUUUUGCAUGAGAGAUAACAAUUGUGUGAUCUUUUAAGAUCAGUCAU